AGCCUUCCGAGUAGCUGGAAUUACAGAAUUGGCGUCUGUAGAUUUUCUCACCUCCACUUGGGAAGGUCAUGGAAGAUCUAGAGGAAACACUAUUUGAAGAAUUUGAGAACUACUCCUAUGUCCUGGAAUAUUCCUCUCCAGAGUUGGACUCAGAGGACAAAGCCCACCUGGGAGCUGUCCAGUGGGUCUCCCUGGUGUUGUACUGCUUAGUGUUUGUCCUGGGAAUUCCAGGAAAUGCUACUGUCAUCUGGUUCACGGGAUUCAAGUGGAAAAAGACAGUAACCACACUCUGGUUCCUCAACCUGGCCAUUGCAGAUUUCGUUUUCGUCCUCUUUCUGCCCCUGUACAUCUCCUAUGUGGCCAUGGGUUUCCACUGGCCCUUUGGCGUCUGGCUGUGCAAGGCCAAUUCCUUUGUUGCCCAGCUGAACAUGUUCGCCAGCAUCUUCUUCCUGACAGUGAUCAGCCUGGACCACUACAUCCACUUGAUCCACCCCAUCUUGUCGCAAAGGCAUCGAACCCUAAAGAACUCCCUGAUUGUUACCAUGUUCAUCUGGCUCUUGGCUUCUCUCAUUGGGGGUCCUGCCCUCUACUUCCGGGACACUGUGGAGUUCAACAACCACACUCUUUGCUUUAACAAUUUCCAUGAGCAUGAUCCUGACCUCACCUUGAUAAGGCACCAUGUUCUAACCUGGGUAAAAUUUAUCAUUGGGUAUCUCUUUCCUUUGCUGACAAUGAGCGUUUGCUACUUGUGUCUCGUGUUCAAGGUGAAAAAGCGCAGCCUCCUGGCUUCCAGCAGGCACUUCUGGACAGUCCUAGCUGUGGUAGUGGCCUUCCUGGUUUGCUGGACCCCUUACCACCUGUUCAGCAUUUGGGAACUCUCCAUUCACCAUGGUAGCCAUUUCCAGCAGGUGCUGCAGGCUGGGAUCCCCCUCUCCUCAGCCUUGGCCUUCCUCAACAGCUGCCUGAACCCCAUCCUGUAUGUCCUGAUCAGUCGGAAGUUCCAAGCGCACUUCCGGGCCUCGGUGGCUGAGAUCCUGAAGCACACGCUGUGGGAGGUCAGCUGCUCUGGCCCAGUCAGUGAGCAGCUCAGGGUCUCGGAGACCAAGAGCCUGGACCUCCUGGAAACAGCUUCUUGA